UUAACGUUUACUUUCCUUUGAAAAAACAAUGAUGCAGUUUCUACCAAGUCAUGGGUAUGAGUUCAAUAACUAUUCAAGUAUUAUCAGGAACUUGGUAUACAAUAAUGGAGAGGAAGAUUUAUCAGCAAGCAUGGAGUCAGCGGCGGAGGUGAAAGCGGCAGCCGCUAGUAACAGACACAGCGAAGCCGAACGGAGACGAAGGAAGAGGAUCAAUGGCCACCUUGCUACCCUCCGUAGCAUCCUCCCCGACACCGUUAAAGCAGAUAAAGCUUCAUUACUCGCGGAGGUAGUAAGGCGGGUGAAGGAGUUAAAGACAAUAACCGCGGGACUAGAAUCAACAAGUUUGGAUCAAAGUGACGACACAAUACGAAACUAUGUAAUUCCAAGUGAAAAUGAUGAGCUUAAGUUGACAUACAUUGGAGAAGAUUCUAGUACCAAUAAUGUUAUGAUAAAGGUUAGCAUAUGUUGCGAAGAUAGGCCCGAUUUGAUCGUUGAGUUAACGAGAGCAUUGGGUUCGGUACAAGGUAAAUUAGUGCGUACCGAGAUAGGGACAUUGGGUGGAAGAAUAAAAUGUGUGUUAUGGGUUCAAGUUUAUGAAGUAACAAGAGACCAAGGGUUAGAUGAGCUAAGAAGAGUGUUAAAGGUGGUUACUGACCGUGCAUCGUUCUUGGAUCUUCCUAGGAACAAAAGACCACGUGUUCCACAUUUUGUUUGAUAUUGAUUUUUUUACAAUGGUUGUUGAAUUCUUUGUAUUUUUGAAGUUAAGUCUGUUGUCGAUAGUUAGAGUUCGUUUAGUUAAAUAUAAAUCUGGCACGAGCCUAGCUAGCUCUUGGGUCAUUUUUGGUUUAGUCCGCUUCGAAUGAGGUUUCUAAAUCCAAGCAUGAAUGUUAUAUGAUGUUAAUUAUCAA